AUGGAGUACAUCAACAAGGCCCGGGAUUCACUGAAUAAAAAGCUGAGGGAGAAAAACGCUUUUACGGACGCUCUUGGCACGAUCCAGGACAAAACUGGGGUUAAAAAGGAAUACAUUGUCUAUGGGCUGAUUGCACUUAUUACACUUUAUUUAAUGGUUGGGUGGGGAGCGACGUUUCUGGCUAAUUUUAUUGGCUUCAUCUAUCCUGCGUAUUGCUCUUCCUUCAGAAUUAAAGCCAUUGAGUCUCCAUGUAAGGAUGACGACACCAAAUGGCUUACUUACUGGGUUGUAUACGCAGCUUUUGCCCUGGUUGAAACCUUCACGGAUCUUUGCCUUUACUGGAUACCGCUUUACGCCCUCCAGAAGUGUAUUUUCCUGAUCUACCUGAUGAUUCCUGGAAAUUUCAAUGGAUCGGUUUUGUUGUACAACAAGUUUAUCCGUCCCUAUAUCCUGAAGUACGAGAACGACAUUGACCGCGCGGCCGAUGAGGUCGGCAAAUUUGUCGACAAAGCGAAAUCCGAUGCUGCUGCGGCGGUGGCUCGAAACCUUGUUUCUGAGACCCAUGAAUAG